AUGGACUAUGCUCCAAAGCUUCCCUCUGUGUCAGUGAGUCCCUCUGCUGAGAUAGUGGAGGGCAGUUCAGUGACUCUGACCUGUAGCAGUGAUGCUAACCCAGCAGCUAACUAUACCUGGUACAAGGAGAAUGAAGACUCACCAAAAGCAUCAGGACAGAUCUUCACCAUCUCUAACGUCAGAGCUGAACACAGUGGGAAUUAUUACUGUGAAGCCCAGAACACAAGAGGACGUCAUAACUCCACCUUACAGCUGACUGUUGUGGCAGAUAAAUCAAUCAUGAUCAUGAAUAUCAUCAGGCUGACUCUGGUGGUUGUGAUGCUGAUUCUACUGCUUCUUUUUUGUCUCUGCAUGAGGAAGAAGAAAACUCUGAGCUCCAACAGUGAACCAAAUGAACCCAAAGAGACUCUGGAGUUAGACUCUGCGUGUGAGAACGUCUCAGACUCUGCAGCACAGAGAGAAGACGCAGAGGAGCAGGAAGACCUGAGGGAUGGGCUGACAUUGCAGAUGGCGUCAGAUGGACUGCAGAAGAUGACCCUGGCUCUUGUAGCCAUGCAGAUAGUCCCAGAUCUGACAACAGACCCACAGUAUUCAGGUCGUGUGCAGUAUGACUGUGAUAAGAUUAGGAACAACUGCACUCUGAGAAUCACAGACCUGAGAGAGAGCGACUCAGCUGAGUACAAGUUCAGGUUCAUAACAGACCAUCCCGAUGCUUAUAUUGGUGAACCUGGAGUCACUUUGUCUGUCACAGAUGCUCCAAAGCUUCCCUCUGUGUCAGUGAGUCCCUCUGCUGAGAUAGUGGAGGGCAGUUCAGUGACUCUGACCUGUAGCAGUGAUGCUAACUCAGCAGCUAACUAUACCUGGUACAAGAAGACAGUAAACCCCAGACCUCUCAGUGAAGGACCACAGCUCGUCUUCAGCUCCAUCCAGUCCUCUGACUCUGGACAGUAUUACUGCACAGCAGAGAACGAGCUGGGGAGGAGGACGUCUAAUGACUUCACCAUGGAUGUGAAAUUGAUACAGGGUCAGAAUGGCUGGGGAGUGACUUACAGUCCUACUAAGAUCUGUGCUGUAAAAGGAUCAACAGUGGAAAUACACUGCAGAUACACAUACCCAUCCAGAACAAAUGGCUGUAAUGCUACAGUUGAGAAAACAUUAUGGUUUACCAAAGUGAAUGGACGUGAUCCUGUAGAUCUGACAACAGACCCACAGUAUUCAGGUCGUGUGCAGUAUGACUGUGAUAAGAUUAGGAACAACUGCACUCUGAGAAUCACAGACCUGAGAGAGAGCGACGCAGCUGAGUACAAGUUCAGGUUCACAACAAACCAACUCACUGGUUAUACUGGUUCAGCUGGAGUCACUUUGUCUGUCACAGGUCUCCAGGUGAGCAGAUCAAAUAAUGGGCUUGACUGUCAAAUCAGUUGUGUACCUGAUCGCCCUUCCUUCAUCUGGUACAAAAACGGACAGAAAAUUCAGACAGAAGCAUCUUCUUAUUAUUAUUUAAGCAACUAUAAUCAAGAAGACAGCUAUUCUUGUGCUGUAAAAGGAUAUGAGGAUUUCCCCUCUCCUCCAACAUGUGCCGAUGGUCAAACCUGCAACAGAGUGACGUACACUGACAGAAACAUCUGUGCCUUCAAAGGCUCAUCAGUGGACAUUUCUUGCACUUACAGCAGUUACAAGAAUCAUGUUGAAUCCAAAUUCUGGUUCAGUCCUGAACGUAAAGAUCAGUGGCAGAAUCCCUCACAGCCUGAGGACCUUAGUAAAGACUCCCAGUUUGCAGGUCGUGUUCAGGUCAUUGACACAGAGAGAGGACGCUCCACCCUGAGAAUCACUGACCUGAGAGAGAGCGACUCAGCUGAGUAUCACUUCAAAUUCACAACACCAAGCUUUGAAUGGAGGAGUAGUUUACCUGGUACAACUCUGACUGUCACAGCUCUCCAGGUGCAGGUGACCAGAAUAACAGUCGGGCAGUUUGUUACUGAGGCAGAGCUGAAGUGUCACAGCAGCUGCAGUCCAGCUGGUCGUCUUUCCUACGUCUGGUUCAAUAAUAAAGUGGAAAUUACUGGAGUGGAGACGUCGUCUUAUAAAGCCUGGUUAUAUCUUGGUGACAAUGUCUCCUGUGCUAUAAGAGGACGCGAGGAGUUCCCCUCUCCUUCAGUGUAUGCUCCAAAGCUUCCCUCUGUGUCAGUGAGUCCCUCUGCUGAGAUAGUGGAGGGCAGUUCAGUGACUCUGACCUGUAGCAGUGAUGCUAACCCAGCAGCUAACUACACCUGUUACAAGAAGACAGUAAACCCCAGACCUCUCAGUGACACACCACAGCUUGUCUUCAGCUCCAUCCAGUCCUCUGACUCUGGACAGUAUUACUGCACAGCAGAGAACGAGCUGGGGAGGAGGACGUCUAAUGACUUCACCAUGGAUGUGAAAUAUGCUCCAAGAGUUCCCUCUGUGUCAGUGAAUCCCUCUGGUAAAAUCAUGGAGGGCAGUUCAGUGACUCUGACCUGCAGCAGUGAUGCUAACCCAGCAGCUAAAAAGACCUGGUACAUGGAAAACCAAAAAGUGCUUCAAGGAUCAGACGGUGUAUAUCAGUUCAUGUCCAUCAGCUCUGAAGACAGAGGGAAGUACUACUGCACAUCUGAGAAUCAACAUGGACGGAUUAACUCUUCAUCCAUUUUUAUAGAUGUCCAGUAUGCUCCAAAGCUUCCCUCUGUGUCAGUGAGUCCCUCUGCUGAGAUAGUGGAGGGUGAUUCAGUGACUCUGACCUGUAGCAGUGAUGCUAACCCAGCAGCUAAAUACACCUGGUACAAAGAGAACCAAACACUGCAUCAUGGACCAGAAAACAUAUAUGUUUUCCCCAAUAUCAGCUCAAAGGACAGCGGGAUCUACUACUGCAAGUCUGAGAAUACGUAUGGCAAGAACAUCUCCACAGCUGUUCACAUAGAUGUCCAGUAUUCUGUGGCUGAGACCCUGAUCCAUGCCUUCAUUACAUCCUGGCUGGAUUAUUGCAACAGAGUCCUGUUCGGGGUCCCCAAUAAAGUUCUCGACAGGCUCCAGCGGACCUUUGGGGAUAGAGCCUUCAGUGUGGCAGCCCCCACCCUCUGGAACUCUCUCCCUAUGGAGAUACGCCUUACUCCAUCUCUGGACAUUUUCAAGUCUGCGCUGAAAAGACACUUCUUCACACAGGCCUUUGGCAGCUAG